AUGGGAGGGCACGGUGAGCUGUUGAUGAUGGUGGACGAGCGUGGCAAUAUGAGGAGCAUCGGCGGCAGCUAUGACAGCAUUCCCGAGACCAACACCGCCACCUCCAAGAGCAACAGCGACAGCAACAGCGACGGUCCCUAUCGACUCAGCAGCAUCCCAGGACUGUACAGACCCUCCCAGAGGCUAACCGUAGCGCCGGGCUUCUCAUCCCCGGCUCCCUAUGCCCCCAUGGCCAGCAGCGGCGGCGACUUGAUGUCCAGCCUGAACUCCCCAUUCGAUCCACCUCAGAGGCUGGAGCAGCAAGUGUCGGACAGCAGCAGCUCCGACUCGAGCAACGGCAUCAUCCCCGCCGCCGCCGCCUCCUCUGCUCCCCUCACACCCUCCUCACUCGUCCUGGGCGGCGGAGAGAUGCUCAUCCCGCUUGCCUAUGGCCCCCGGAAUCAGAGCCAGGAUGUCGCGGAUCGACCGGAGAAUGUUCAGAACCAGAACCAGAGCCAGAAACGGCUUCACAGCAGCCGGAGCCGAACCCGUAAUCGCAAGCCGCAGCAGCAGCAGCAGCAGCAGCAGAGGCAGAGCGAUGCCGAGCACGAUCACAACGACCGCAGCCACCAAAGUCGCCGCCAACGGUCCGCCUCGGCACCGCCGCCAAGGACGGCCGGUGACGUAGCCAGGGAGCUGUACGGGGACGACGUCAACAUGUCGUCUCCGGCGUGCAGACUCAUGGCGGAGAUGAAGGCGGUCCGCAUCCCCAAGCAGCGCCGAACGUGGCAGGGGGUCAACACUAGGCGCCGGAGCAACGUCGAGGCCCUGCUGUGCCAGAUAACCGGGGAGGAGUCGGAGAGGCCGUGCAAGAGCUGCGCAAAGGGUCACGGUCCGUGGACGAGAUGCAUCCUCGUGCCUGGUUUCAUGUGUGGUAGCUGCGCCAACUGCUGGUUCAAUGCUAGUGGGGUUAGGUGUACAUAUCAUGCGGGAGGUCAACCGCAACCGGUCCCGAGACCGUCGGAAAUCCUAUCCCGUCUCCAGUGGGUCCUCCAGGCCGACCCGGCCAUGAGCGCGAUCGGUCAGACGCUGGGCUGCUGCUCCUCCCUCGACAUGCGCGGUCGGUACCUCGUCAGGAUGCACGCCGCCGCCGAGGAGCUCGGCCUCUGCAUCGCCGAGUAUGAGGAGUACAUCGGUACUCCGCAGGGUGCUCUCGAGGAGGAGAGAGCCAGGAUGGAGCAGCAGCAACGGCAGCAUUCUGCUGCCGUUAAUACUGACCAGGAGACGCAGCCGUACCAGGAUACCCUGAUGCCCGUUUCCGAAACCGGUUCCGACAACGAGGAUGAUGCAGAUGGGAGUCCCGAGUAG